GCGGAGAGCGAGCCCGGCCUCUACCUCGCUGUGUUGGGCCGCGUCUUCGAUGUAGAGCGCGGCCGCAGGCACUACGGCCCCGGCGGUGCCUACAGUGGCCUCGCAGGGAGAGAUGCCUCCAGAGCGUUUGCCACUGGCGACUUCACCCAGGCAGGGCUGGUGGACGACGUGUCGGCGCUGUCACUAAGCCAGAUGCUCACCAUCCAGAGCUGGCUCUCCUUCUACAGCGACAACUACGAUCCCGUGGGGAAGCUGGUGGGCAGAUUCUAUGAUGAACAUGGGACACCAACAGAAGCCUUAAGACAGGCUGAAGCUGCGAUUGAGGAAGCUCUGAAGUUCACAGCAGAAAGUGAAGAGCGAAGGAAGCAGCAGUUUCCACCCUGCAACUCUGAAUGGAGUUCUGCUAAGGGCGGCCGGUUCUGGUGCUCCAGACAGAGUGGGGGAGUGAACAGAGACUGGACUGGUGUCCCCCGGAAGCUGUACCAGCCUGGUUCAACGGGGAGUCAGUGCGUGUGUGUGAGGACUACUGGUCCCCCCUGGGGCCAGCCAGACUCCAUCAAGCACAGCAACAGGGGUGAUCUGGAUGACCCUCACCUGGAGGAAUACGACAGCUGCAAUCCACUGGCAGAGCAGUGUGUCCUGACAGUGUGA